AUGAAAUUAUGCAAAGAGCGGCGAGAAGGUGGUUUCUACCUCAUGAUACAUGGUGCAGCUGUACCCAGUGUUGUCCUACCUUGCUCUCAGCGUACAUAUGUGCGACAUGCGAGGAACUGGACAUACAAUCUUGAUGCUCCACCCUUUACAGGUCCUUUGCCACCUAACGUUCCUAUGGACGAUGGGCAAGGGACCGAUGAUGAAGACGCUGAGAUCAGACUCCAAGAGCGUCUAGCCAGAGAAGUUGAGGAGCGGGCAAGACAGGAAGUUGAAGAGAAAGAAAGACAAGAAGAACUUCAGAGAAUCAGAGAUGCUGAAGCCAAAGCUCUUGCUGAUGUUGCUGCUGCUGAAGUUGAGGCAAAAGCCAAAGCUGACACUGAAGAAGCAGCGCGCCUUGCUAAAGAGCCUGCUGCCAAAGCCAGAAAUGAUGCACUGACUCAGGGGGAGUCCUCCAACUCUCGAUUCUUCCCUCUGGUCCUGAAGACUCUUGAAGAGCUGCAGAAAGAAAAAUAG